AACAAUUAGUACGCACAGGCGGCCGCGGUUGUGGUCAUUUCUAGGACGCGGGCGAGGGAAGACGUCUACAAAAACUUUUUGACGUCGGGAUUUGACUAGUUUCACAAUGUACUUGUUUGAUUGGACACAAAGUUUCAGUCUUCUAUGGCGAAGAUCCUAAUUAGCUAUGAGAUAGGUAGGCACAUUAUUGAGUUUGAGUGUGUCCUUGUGGUAUAUGUAAGUCAGACCUCGCCCAUCUUGUUCAGCAGGGUACUUACUUCUAGUAUCAGAACAAGAAACAAAAAUGUCGCUUCCGUCAGCCGCUUCUGUGCGAUUGGCACUCAAGUCCCUCAAGAAGUUUCAUAAUGGGCAAACGGGUCGGGGUCGAGACCGAAAAAGAUGCUUGACCGACGUUGCGGUUUCUGACAUCAAGAUCCAAGCGAGCAAAGCUGAUGAAAAGACGGAAAACACUAAUCGUAAUAAAGCCGCAGAAGAUAAAGAUCAUGCUGAAGCUGAUACAGAGGAGCACGAGGAGGUAAUAAGAAUAUGUAGGCGCAGCAGCAGUAGAGCUAGAGAGGACUCGUUGGUGGACGUCGAUUGCACGAUGGACGAGGUGCUGGAUGUCGAAGUAGAGUCAAAAGAAGAAACCAGUAUUGCCAGUAACGCUAGAGCUAGACGAGUAGAGCACGAAGGUGAAGACUUGCCCUUGCGAAGGAAUCGGCUAGCAUCCGACUCGUGUGACGAAACUCGUGACCAGUCUUCAGCAGCAAAUGAAACGUCUUUAUCGCCUUCGGCAACAAGAAAAAUCCGAGCCCGACCUCCCCCGUUGCCACUGCAGGAACAGCGAAUGAUCGAGUUUCCUCGGGAGUUCUCAAACCGCUUUGCAUCGGCACUGAGGCGAAUGAUGCGCUUGGGACCAGACGACUCUUUGGAACGGUGGCACGACACGAUUGAAAACUUCGACCCUUCGAGAAGCGUGCGUGGAGCCAAGCGCGACUUGGGCUUUCUUUUGCGCCAAGCCGAACGACGGGGAGGUACUCGAACGAGAACUGAAGAAGAACGGGAGGAAGAGAAAAUUCCUGAGCAGGGACACGAUGUUGCUGUUUCUGGAGGACACGGACAGCACGUUUGUGGUGGAAAUGUUGCCGGGCUGAGCAGUCCAGCUUCGACGGCAUCUACAGCGGCAGGGGAAGUGGAUGCAGAGUCGUGUGAAUCCUUUCAGGAUGUGUACCACGAUUUCCUGAGAAAAGUUAUCUUUCCGCAUUUGCGUGCUGAGUGGAGACAAGGUGAGGAAGAAGACAAAGGUUCUUUGUUCGAGCCCAACAGGCCUACCUCUUCUACAUCAUGCGGUUCUUCGCUAGGUUAUUUGCUGGAGGGGGCAUCCACCUGUUCCCAGAUGUUGAACGCCGAGUGUUCCGCUAGUACAACAUCAUCGUCAUCCGCGUCCUCUGCUUCAUUCUUUGUGCAAACUUCGCCGUGUAUUCGACUGCAGCCGCCCUCAACGCAGCGUCUCACCCUCCCGCACACCGACGCUAUGUACGGACACCAGCCUGGGCAGAUCAACUUUUGGCUGCCCUUGAACGAAACCGACGGCGCGGUUUGCGGCUCCAAUUCCCUGUAUGCCGAAACAUUUCCGGGACGCAAAGACUUCCGCAGUUUCGACCUCAACCGUGGACAAGCGAUGCGGUUCUACGGUAACCAGUGUUUGCACUUCACAGAGCCAAAUAAAACGCAGUUUACGAGGGUCAGUCUCGAUUUCCGGGUAGUGCCAGGAUGGUGCUUUGAACUAGACUGGUGGGGCGGCUGCGACCCAAAGGGUAGACCAAAAUUCCGUGUGGGAGACGGAGAGUACUACACAGAACUAAAACUACUCGAAUCAUCAACAUCAUAGAAGAACAAUUACAGUAAAUAGGUGCUUGUAUACUCAAGACCCACAAAUAAAACGUGAAGAGUGACUGGAAUCAAAUUCCUCCGAUCCCAUUUUUAUGACGCUGCUGCGACCCAACAUCUCCAUAUUCCCUUCGACAUGCUAGACAUUUACGAAGUUCGGAAAUGACGUUUGUUCCAUU